CCCUCCAUUCUGAUUCAACAAUUGCAGAUGGCAACAGCAUAAUGCGAAGAUCAAAGUCCAUCUCCCCAUUCCAUUUCCAUGAAAUUCCAAUCAACCGCAUAACAUCCAAAUGGGUUUCAUCACUCUCAUCCAAUCUCAAUCCACAGCAAACACAGCAUCAUGUAGAAGAAUCUCCAAACAAUCAAGAACCACUAGACCCAGAGCCAGAUGUUACAAACAGAUCUUACUGGACAAAGAAGAUUCACAGGCUUUGCUCUGUCGAAAGGAAUGUGGACGAAGCUCUCCUUCUCCUUGCACAUCUCACCUUUCGUGGCUACCGUCCUGAUUCUCUCAAUCUUAGCAGCAUUAUUCACGCUCUCUGUCAUUCAAACCGCUUUGCCGAAGCUCAUCACCGUCUUUCUCUUUCAAUUGCCUCUGGUUUCAUCCCCGAUGAAAGAACCUGCAAUGUUCUAAUUGCUCGAUUGCUUAACGGGCGUAACCCAGAUCAGACAUUGGAAAUUUUCCGCGGGUUGAUUAAGGUAAAGCCAGAUUAUGUACCUUCAUUGGUAAAUUAUAAUCGUUUAAUGGAUUUGAUAUGCUCGUUUAAUCGACCAAGUGAGGCGCAUCAAUUGAUGUAUGAUAUGAAGAACAGAGGACAUAGUCCUAGUGUUGUUUCCUACACAGUUUUGAUCAAUGGUUAUUGCAGAGCUGGGCAAGUAUCUGAUGCACAUAAGAUGUUCGAUGAAAUGUUUGAGAGUGGUGUUACGCCAAAUGCACUAACAUAUAGCAUAUUGAUUAGAGGGAUUCUCAGGCAACGUGAUUUCGAAAGAGGAAAGGAGCUAAUUGUUAAACUCUGGAAGGUAAUGGUUGAUUCGAAAGAGGACCCAUCUGGAAAUAAUGCUGCUUUUGCUAAUAUUAUAGACUCUUUAUGCCAUGAAGGCCUUUUCCAUGAAUUAUUCAAGAUUGCAGAAGAUAUGCCUCAAGGAAAGACAGUCCCUGAGGAAUUCGCCUAUGGACAAAUGAUCGAUUCUCUAACCAGAUCCGGAAGGCACAAUGGGGCUGCCAGGAUAGUCUAUAUUAUGAGCAAGAAAGGGUUCACUCCAAGCUUAGUAUCGUACAAUUCGAUCGUUCAUGGCCUCUGCAAAGAGAAUCAUCAUACGAGAGCUUACCAAUUGUUGGAAGAAGGAAUCCGAUUCGGUUACACACCAUCAGAAUUCACUUACAAGGUUUUGGUUGAUGGACUUUGUCGAGAAUUCGAUCAUUGCAAGGGUUGGGAAGUUCUCCAAAUCAUGCUCAAGGAAGGAAGAACGAAUAAAACUAGAAUAUACAAUAUCUAUUUGAGAGCACUUGUGCAGAUGAAUAACCCGACAGAGCUUCUAAAUGUGCUCGUUUUAAUGCUUCAGACGGAUUGCAAACCGGAUUUGAUCACCCUUAACACUGUUAUUAACGGGUUUUGCAGGAUGAGGAAAAUCGACGAAGCUUUGAAGAUCUUCGAAGAUAUGUUGAAUGGAAAGUUUCAUGAUCAGCCUAAUGCUGUAACGUUCACUAGCAUUAUAAGUGGGUUAAUUGAUCACGAAAGAACUGAAGAAGCUCUUCAUCUAUUCAAUAUAACCAUGUCUGAAAAAGGUAUAAUCCCUACUGUUGUAACAUAUAAUGCUGUUCUUCGCAAUCUGUUUAGGAAAUGUCAAUCAGAUGAAGCAAUGGUUUUUUUUAACCAAAUGAUAUUGAAUAAGGGUGUUGUUCCUGAUUGCAUUACCUACACAAUUUUAAUCGACGGGUUAUCUGAUUCUAACCAAAUUGACGAAGCUAAGAAACUGUGGCAAGAUGUUAUAUGGCCUACGAAGGUUCACGAUGGUUAUGUAUAUGCUGCUGUUGUUAAAGGGCUUUGUCGGUUUGGAAGAUUGAAUGAGGCUUGUGAUUUCUUGUAUGAAUUGGUGGAUUGUGGGAUUGUUCCGUGUAUUGUGAGUUAUAAUAUUGUGAUUGAUUGUGCUUGUAAGUUGGGGUUGAAGGAUGAGGCUUAUAGGAUUUUGGGUGAGUUGAGAAGAAACGGGCUUAGUCCAGAUGCGGUUACGUGGAGGAUUCUUGAGAAGUUAAGGUCCAAAACGAUGAUAAAACAAACUGUGCUCGAUGAUUCUGUUAUGUCCGUCGAAAGUGGUUGAUAUGUAUAAUAUAACUUAGUUUGUAGGGCUAGAUCAAGUGGGAAGAGUUUAGAAGACUUCCAUAUUGGAUUCGACAACAAUAUCAUUGAAGUUAUGGUUGUAGAAUGUUGUAACAGUCUUCCUAGGGGAAGAAACCCUGGUUAAGAAAAGAAAAUUUUGGUAAUUUUUUUU